GUGCGCGUCCUGCUGUAGGAUUGGUGGAGCUCAGAAAAGUUCAAAUGCACUGUGGUGCUGCGAUAGAAGGACACGAAUUAUCCACCUCUGACGCCCCUCCCAGACCUCGCCAUGAGCGUGAAGACCACCACCCAGCGAAGCCUCGACACCUUCGGCAAAACCACUACUUCCGUCGAGCUAAAAUGCCCAGAUGACACGACCGGCGUCGAACGCAUCAUGCUCGCAGCGCAGGGCGACCUGCAGCGGCUUCUCAGCUGCUUCUUCGGGCGCCCCAUCUCCGUCGAAUGCGUCUCCGCACGCACCUCCCCGCGCUCCGCGCCCGCGUCGCCGCAGCACCCCAUCACGCAGGACCGCCAGGUCCAGCUCCUCUGCUCGGGGCGCAUCGUGUGCGUCGCGACCUCUCGCGUCGUGCUCACCUCGCCCGAGUGCGAGCGCCUCUUCCUCGACGAGAAGUUCGCGAUCGGGCAGCUCUUCCGCCACAUGCGCGUGUCGCCUAGGUUCACGCUCCUCGAUGUGCAGACGCGGGUCAACGCGCGCGGGAAGAGGGAGCUCGAGAGACGGUAUAUGCUCGAGGCAGAGGGGGUGUCGUGUGAUAUCACCGAGCUGUUCCCUGACAGGGAUAUGUUUGUCCUUGGGACGGCGUGGCUCGAUGCUGUUGACGAGCCCGCCCCUGAAAAACGGCACACAGUGUCGAAUGUGGUUACUAAGGACCAGGCCGUUGAGUUCACCCCCCACGGCCUACUUCUCGCGAUGAUUCUGUCAUUUAUCUUUGGCUCAUAUUGCUUCACUCGUGUCGGACUAUGA